AUGUUCAGAGCCAUCCGCCCCGCUGCCCUCUACCGCUCUGCGGCCCUCUACAAGACUGCCCCCGCCGUCGUCGCCAGAAACGCCAUGGCCCUGAACUUUGCCCGCACCUACGCUUCCGCCGGCCUUGCCCGUUCGGAUGUCGAGAAGCGUGUCUUGGAUAUCUUGGCUGGAUUCAACAAGGUCGACGCCAACAAGAUCGCCCUCAAGGCCAACUUCAACGCCGACCUCGGUUUGGACUCUUUGGACACUGUCGAGGUUGUCAUGGCCAUCGAGGAGGAGUUCUCGAUCGAGAUCCCCGAUAAGGAUGCCGAUGAGAUCAAGUCUGCCGAGCAGGCUGUUGAGUACAUCUCCAAGCGCGAGGAUGCUCACUAA